AACCCACUGACAACUCCAAAGCCGGACAUUGUUGUUGGACUCGCCCGACGUUCGUUCAGCGAAGUACACCAAGCGCUGCUCGGGGAGUGGCAAGACAAGGCAAAGCUACUGAGCGAGCCGCAACUUGUACAGCACGGUCUCCAUUUCCCGUUCCUCCUGGUGGAAGCAAAAGGCUUGGCAACAAGUGGGAACAUGAUGGGCGCCGAGAACCAGGCUGCGGUAGGUGGAGCGUGUGCGAUCAACAUUCUGAGAACACUACAAAACCUGGAGCCUCACUUUCCGCUUGCGCAUAUUAUCUUCAGUGUCUCGACCGAAGGACCACUUCAUCAACUUGGCAUUCAUUAUAUCGUGGGUGGUCAGUAUCAUAUGAUGGUGCGUCGAGCUUGGAGGACAACUCUGGGUCGUGAUUGUACGGAAUUUGUUGUCGCGCUUGCGCGCAUCAUACAAUGGGGUGGUGACCAGUACAGGAACGAGAUCACAGCAAGCCUGCAGCGC